AUGGCGGAAUUUGUGAAGGAUUUUGAACAUGAAGAAAAGCGAAAAGAGCGAGUUAUUAAAACACGAAAAAAUACUCCAGAAGAAAGAAACAGGCAGAGAAAAGAAUGGAGAAAGAGGAAACAAGUGAAGCAAAUGACAAAUUCGACGAACAAAAAUGGUGAACUACAACAGUCACUCAACCGCGAAGCAAAUGACUUGGUGCUAUGUACUUCGGAGGCUGAGAAAAAGAAGCCGCGUCCUUCGGACCAAGAGCCAGAAAAUGUCAAGAAACCCCGUCUCCUCGCACUUAAACCAGGCAGUGGGGAGAAGAAAGUGGACUCGCGUGGUUACUCAAGAGCUUCGAAGAUGAUUCGAAUGGCUGUUGGUGCCGACGUAAUUGUCCCUCAGAAACCUCGGGAACGUCAUCAAACCUCUUUAAUUGCAAAAAAAACCACAGCGAGCAAUGGAUCCAAAUUUGAACCCAAAGAACUUAGGCCAGAAAACAUUGAAUUCUUGUCUAAAACUCCAGUUGGCAGUGGAAGCUUUGGACAAUGUUUUCUCGGGCGCUAUCGAGGCAUCGAAGUUAUUGUCAAACAAAUGACCCAUAAUGAAACGUCGGAGGAUAAAGAACGAGCAAGGAGAGAUUUACUCCACGAAGCAAAGGUUGCUUCUGCUUUGGGGGACCAUCCGAAUCUACCCAUGAUUUUUGGUGUAGUUACAAAGGCCUCACCAUUAUGCCUCGUGACGCAGUUUCAUGGUGUUGAGCAAGAAAGUGUAACUCUCCAUCAAGCGGCCGAUAACAACGUAGUUACUAAAGCAAACUGUAUUUCUGUAUUUAAAAAGAUAUGUAGCGCUUUAGGCCACGUGCAUUCUAAAGGAUACCUUCAUAAUGACAUAAAAGGAAACAAUGUAGUACUAGAACGGCCCUCAGUCUCUGAGGAAUUCAGGCCAGUUCUCAUUGACUUUGGAAAGAGCCUUAAGGCUUCAUCUGUUACGUUGUACCGCAGAAACGGCACCGCUAUGAAAUGCAAAGGGAAAAGCUAUUUAGCCCCUGAGGUUGUAAGUGAACGACUCUACAGCGUUGCCAGUGACAUUUUUUCAUUGGGAAGAAUGCUUAAGGCGAUAUCGUCUAUGUUGGGUUUUUAUGAGAGGGUCCGAGAGUUAGUUAAAAUGUCAACAAGAGAUAAGCCGUCAGAGAGACCUAGCCUUGAUGUUUUCUCUCGUAAGAUUGCUGAAGUUAAAUUUUAG